GCAGCCCUGGGCCGGCUCCUCCCCUUGCCUGCGUCCCUUCGCCGCCGCGGCUCAGUAACGUGAAGGACAGAUUGCGUGUUUCCCCAAGGAGACUCCUCACUGCACAUGGACAGUGAUGAAGCUAGGUGGAGCAGCUUCUUGCUAUCUCAACUAUGGAAGGCCAGCUCUGUGCUAACUCGGAGAUUUCUGUGGAAAAACCUCAAGGAUCAAGUCCUCCAUCCUUCAUUGCUUUGCUGAAGGUAUACAGAGAGCUUCUGGUCAGUAGAAUCCGAAACACACAGUGUUUGAUUGAUAACUUGAUUGAGAAUGACUACUUCUCCACUGAAGAUGCAGAGAUUGUUGUCCAGUUUCCAACUCAAGCAGAUAAGGUUCGCAAGAUUCUAGACCUGGUUCAAAGCAAGGGAGAAGAAGUUUCAGAGUAUUUCAUCUGUGUCCUGCAGAAAGUCACUGAUGCUUACUAUGAACUUCAGCCUUGGCUGCAUGAAAUAGGUUACGAGCCUUCAGAGAGUAUUUGUAGUAAACCUGUGGUAAAUACAGAUCCAGUUAGCAGGUAUUGCCAGAAACUCAGAUAUGAACUGGGACGGGACUCCAAGUUUGUUAUGUCAUAUGCUCAGAGGGAAGAGAUGCUAUUGGAAGAAAUCUACUCCAACAGUGUUAUGGAGCUGGUCAGUUUUACCAAUGAGAGCCUAGGCAAAGUGUAUGAAUUAGAAGCCCUUUUUGAUGACACAGUUGGUCUAAUUAAUGAGGAUGGAGAGACUAUUUAUGUCUUUGGUGAUGCAGGAAUUGGGAAGUCCAUCUUGCUGCAAAAGAUCCAAAGCCUUUGGGCCAGAAAAGAAUUGGACAUAGGGGCCAAAUUUUUCUUCCGUUUCCGAUGUAGGAUGUUCAGUUGCUUUAAGGAAGAUGAAGCCAUAUGUUUGAAAGACCUGCUUUUCAAAUAUAAUUGCUACCCAGACCAGGACCCUACAGAGGUGUUCCAUCACAUCCUGCAAUUCCCUCAUACAGUUCUUUUCACAUUUGAUGGCUUUGAUGAGAUAUACUCCAAUUUUGAUCUCAGUAGCAUGCCCGAGAUGUGCUCGCCCAGUGAAGCCGUCCACCCCCUGGUGCUGCUGGUAAGCCUCCUCAGAGGAAAGCUGCUUAAGGGAUCCAAGAAGGUUCUUACAGCAAGGACAGGAACUGAAAUCCAAAGGAACAUCAUUAGGAAGAAAGUGUUGCUUCGUGGUUUCUCCAGCAAUAACCUGAAGGACUACACUGCUAUGUUCUUUAAAGAUGAGGGGCAACGAACACUGGUAUUGAAUCAGCUGGAAGCUAACCCCAAUCUCUGCAGUUUGUGUACAGUGCCUUUAUUUUGUUGGAUUAUAUUUAAAUGCUUUGAACACUUCCAUUCCAUGUUUGACAGCCACGAGCUUCCAGACUGUUCUGUUACGUUGACAGAUGUGUUUUUGCUCAUGGUUGAAGUCCAUCUGAACCGGUCUCUGAAAACAAGUUUGCUAAAGAACAACACCAGGAGCCAAGCAGAGGUGUUCAAAUCACGAAAGGAAACUCUUCUAGCUUUGGGUAAAAUGGCAUACAAGGGGAUGGAGAACUCUUUCUUUAUCUUUGAACAAGAGGAGGUCUCAUCAGUGAACAUCUCUGAAGGAGAUUUGCAAUUGGGCUUUCUCAGGACAGUUAAAGGUUACAGUGGCUGUGACGAUCAGUUCACUUAUGAGUUCUUGCACCUAACCCUUCAGUGUUUUUUCACAGCUUUGUUCCUGGUUAUUGAAGAGAAAGUGGGUGCCAAGGAGUUACUUCAGUUCUUCAAUGAAUGUUCCUCCACUGAGGCUGUCCAGCCUACUUGCCUUCAUAUCCCUUGGUUGAAGAAACAACUAGCAGGGGUGGAUCCUUUCCGAAACAACGAACACUUUCAUUUUACCAACCUGUUUCUUUGUGGCCUGCUUUCUAGAUCCAAGCAGAAGCUCUUCAGACAUUUAGUUUUGCCUGCGGUCAUUAAGAGGAAGAGAAAGAUACUCGUCACAUACUUUGGGGAGAGCAUGAAAUCCCACCUGAAAGGCCUCACUCGGUCCAGGCUUCCAAAAUACAAUCAGAUCCAGGUCCAGCCCAACUUUGUUUGGAUGCUGAGGUGCCUCUAUGAGACUCAGAAUGAGAAAGUGGGGAAGUUGGCUGCCAGACGCAUGCAUGCCAAUUACAUCAAGCUCACAUACUGCAAUGCCUACUCUGCUGACUGCAGUGCUAUUUCCUUUGUUAUGCAUCACUUUCAGAAGCGCCUGGCUCUGGAUCUGGACAACAACAACAUCAAUGACUACGGAGUGAAACAGCUGCUGCCUUGUUUCAGCAAGCUUGCAGUGAUCAGGCUCAGUGUAAAUCAGGUCACAGAUCAUGGAGUAAGGAUCUUGUAUGAAGAACUCUCCAAGUACCAAAUUGUGUCUUUCCUGGGCUUAUACAACAAUCAAAUCACUGAUGUUGGAGCCAAAUACGUUGCCAAACUAAUUGAGGAGUGUUCAAGCCUUGAAUACGUUAAAAUAGGAGCAAACAAGAUAACCAGUGAAGGAGGGAAGUGCCUUGCCCAGGCCAUCCAGAAGAGCAAGACAAUGUUUGAAAUUGGGAUGUGGGGUAAUCAAGUUGGUGAUGAAGGAGCAAAGGCAUUUGCAGAGGCCCUGAGGAACCACCCCAGGUUAACAAACGUAAGUCUUGCAUUCAAUGGCAUCACAACAGAAGGAGGCAAAAGCAUUGCUGAAGCUAUGCAACACAAUAACUCAGUGAAAAUCUUCUGGUUGACUAAAAAUGAGUUGGAUGAUGAGGCAGCAAUGAGUUUUGCAGAGAUGCUGAAGGUCAACAACAAACUGGUGCAUUUAUGGCUUAUCCAGAACCGGAUUACAGCCAAAGGGGUGAAGUACCUCAGUGAAGCUCUCAAGGAGAACACAGCUAUUAAAGAAAUCUGUUUGAAUGGGAACCUCAUAAGCCAAGAAGAAGCCAAAGCUUUUGAAGAUGAAGAACGGAUCAUUUGCUUUUGAAUGAGGACUUCCCCAUGUUGACAAGCUUUGUGUUACAAAGGUUACUCCUACACUUGGGCUGCGGGGUUUAUAAAGGCAUAAAUCUGCAGUGCUCAUAGCAGGAGAGAGAUACACGAUUAGCUGCCUUUUUAUGAAGGUGCUGCACUCCCUCAGCUCCAUCCUUUACCCUGCCCGUUGUUCUUAAUCCUUUUGGUGAGUGGGAAGCUGCCUGGGUAAAUAAUUAAUGUCUGUAUGGUGCUUUGAAGGUGAAAUGCAAAGUGUUACCAGACCAAAUCCACUGGCAGGUGUAUGCAUUUUGGUAACUGAGGUUUAAAUGUAUUCUGUACACUGAUGUAAA